CAGGAAGGUGUUACGAAGAGAGGAAGAGGAAUGGGAGGUGGACCUUCCUUGUUAAAUAAUAGUGCCGUAGAUCCAUCCAAUCGUACCGAAACCUUCAUAAGAAUUCUGACAAAAUUAUUUUCUGUGCGGGUUUUCAUGUGGAACGUGACGUGAAAUCAAGACGACGAAUCUCCAGCUUUAACGUUUUAUUGUGAUUUUCUUCAACAGUAUGGUGAAACAGAAUUCAUCUAAUUUGCAUAUUUAUAAGUACGUAAAAUCUAAACACAUAGAAAAUCUACGGAAUUUCCGGAUUGUGAAAUAUGCAUGGUAAUAAGACUGCAAAUUUUAAUUCCCUUUAAGAAUACUUUAGUACUCCUGAAUUCUAAUAUUUAAUGUGUUCAAUCUCAGUACGACCGAUAAGUAGCAAGGAAGAUAAGACUGCAAAUUAUUAGAUUAGUAAUAGUUGCAAAACGUUGUGUAGGCAAUGGGUCAUUUUACGACGAGUGAUUCCGCACUAAUAAUGUUAAGCGUAGUAGUUACCUUCCUUUGCAUAAAGGCUGUUGGUUCCCAGCUUUACAGUGAUUUUCAAAGUUCUAAGGACCCCGUGACUGAUAUUUUCUCAUUGGCUCAAGUCUUGAAGAAAAGCAAUGAAAAUCCAGCGGCUCAAUUAACCACGCCAAUGCUAGUGCAAAAGUAUGGAUAUCCGGUUGAAAGUCAUAAAGUAGUAACUUCCGAUGGAUAUGUUUUGACAAUGCACCGAAUUCCACAUGGGAAAAAUGAAUAUUUCCAUGAAAAUGAAAUUCAUCACCAACAUCGGCCAGUCGUUAUCUUGCAGCAUGGCCUUUUUGCAUCAUCUUUUGAAUGGAUGAUGAACAAGCCGGACAAACUUUUGGCCCUAAAACUAGCCGACUCUGGAUGGGACGUCUGGCUGGGUAACGCUCGAGGUAACGCUUAUUCUAGAGAGCAUUUAACCUUAUCUCCAAGCCAAAAGGAAUUCUGGGAAUUUAGCUUUCAUGAAAUGGGUGACAAAGACAUACCUGCCGUGAUUGAUUACAUAUUAAAUACAACAGGUCAUAAGAAAUUGAAAUAUGUUGGAUUCAGUAUGGGAACAACCAUGUUUUGGACAAUGAUGUCGUUGCAUCCUGAAUAUAAUGAAAAAGGUCAACGUAGAUAA